AUGGAAGCCGCCCUGUCCAGAUGUUUCCUUCUGAUCUUUCUCUUCACCUGUGGACUGUCCCAGAACGUGGCAGCAGAGGUUCAGGGAUUCUCAGAUGGUGCCAGUGCCACCCAGGAACCCACAAGGCUCACAGAUGUCCCAGCUGCCAAGAAGUUCAUCGCUGCUGCCGAAGUGGCAGUAAUUGGCUUCUUCCAGGAUUUAGAAAUACCAGUUGUACCCAUGCUCCACAGCAUGGUGCAAAAGUUCCAAGAUGUACCAGUUGGCAUCAGCACUGAUUCGGAGGUCCUGGCCCACUUCAACAUCACGGAAAACACCAUUUCUCUCUUUCGGCAGGUGGAUGGUGAGCAGCUGAAGCUGGAAAGUGAAGACAUUGAAAGCAUUGACGAGACCAAAUUAAGCCGUUUCAUCGAGAUCAACAAGCUCGGCUGGGUGACAGAGUACAAUCCUGUGAGUGUGAUUGGCCUGUUUAACAGUCAGGUUCCUAUUCAUCUUCUACUCAUGAUGAAAAAGGGAUCCCCAAAGUUUGAAGAAAGCUUGCACAGAUAUCAGGAGGCAGCUAAGCUCUUCCAAGGGAAGAUUCUUUUUGUUCUGGUGAACAGUAGUGUGAAGGAAAAUGGGAAGGUGAUAUCAUAUUUCAAAUUAAAGGAGUCUCAACUCCCUGCUUUGGCAAUUUACCGAACUGAAGACGAGGCAUGGGACACUCUGUCCAUAGAUGACAUCUCAGUAGAACGUGUGAAGGACUUUUGUGAUGGUUUCCUAGCAGGAAAAUUGUUGAGAGAAAAUCUUGCAUCAGAAGAGAAGGCUCCAAAGGUGGAACUCUGA